AUGUCCCCCCAGUCACUGCGUGCACAUGUUGGAGAAACAAUUAAAGUGACUUGCUCAGCUCGUUUGUCUGGGGGGGGAAACAGAAGGUACAUCUGUAAGCAACCGUGCAAUAAGCAUGACGUCCUCGUCACGGCUGAUCAGCCAUCGAACGGGAGAUACACACUGGAGGACUCAGGAACAGGAGAGUUCACUGUGACCAUCAGUAAACUAAAGAAGUCAGACUCUGGGUCGUACUCGUGUGUUGUGGACAGCACUGCAUAUGAUCAAGUGGAUGUAACAGUUGUGGACGGUGCUGUUGGUCAGAACUGGGGUGUGUGGUAUAAUCCUAAAGGUAUCUGUACACUGAAGGGUUCAUCAGUAACCAUGUCCUGCUCCUACACAUAUCCCAUCGGUCAGAAGGUUGAAACAGUUUUCUGGAUGAAAAAUCGAACUCAAGAUGUGGAUUUAUCUGAAGACUCAGAUUACAAAGGCAGGGUGGAAUAUCUUGGAAAUAAUCAGAAUGACUGCAGCAUGAAACUGACAGAUGUAACAGAACAAGAUGCAAGAGAAUAUUUCUUCAGAUUUGCAACUAAUCAUAAUAGUGGGAAAUGGAUUGGUGAACCUGGAGUUCGACUGUCAGUUACAGACCUACAGCUGGAGAGUCCAGAGAGAGUGAUGGAGGGUGAUACAGUCACUCUGAAAUGUAGAACCACCUGUUCUCUGAGUAACACACCAACCUUCAUCUGGUAUAAAAAUGGACAUGUUUUAACAAGGCAAACCAUCAAGAAAAAUGAACUCUCUCUCCAGUCAGUCAGCUCUGAGGAUAGAGGCAGUUAUAUGUGUGCUGUACAAGGUCAUGAGAAUCUUCCCUCUCCUGCUGUCACUCUCGCUGUCACAUAUCCUCCAAAGAAGACCACAGUGUCAGUCAGUCCCUCUGGUGAAAUAGUGGAGGGCAGUUCAGUGACUCUGACCUGCAGCAGUGAUGCUAAUCCACCAGCCACCUACACCUGGUUUAAGAAGAAUGAAACUGUCACUAUAGGAAAAGAAGAGACCCACAGGAUCAACAAGAUCAGCUCUGAGGACAGUGGAGAAUAUCACUGCAAGUCCAGUAAUCAACAUGGACAUCAGUAUUCAAAUACUGUAUCUUUGAGUGUUUUGUAUGCUCCAAGAAAUUCCACGGUGUCAGUCAGUUCCUCUGGUGAAAUAGUGGAGGGCAGUUCAGUGACUCUGACCUGCAGCAGUGAUGCUAAUCCACCAGCCACCUACACCUGGUUUAAGAAGAAUGGAGCUGUCACUACAGGAAAAGAAGAGACCUACAGGAUCAACAAGAUCAGCUCUGAGGACAGUGGGGAAUAUCACUGCAAGUCCAGUAAUCAACAUGGACAUCAGUAUUCAAAUACUGUAUCUCUGAAUGUUUUAUAUCCUCCAAGAAAUUCCACGGUGUCAGUCAGUCCCUCUGGUGAAAUAGUGGAGGGCAGUUCAGUGACUCUGACCUGCAGCAGUGAUGCUAAUCCACCACAGAUAAACUACACCUGGUAUAAAGAGAGUCUAACUUCACCUAAUGGAACUGUCACUAUAGGAAGAGAAGAGACCUACAGGAUCAACAAGAUCAGCUCUGAGGACAGUGGGGAAUAUCACUGCAAGUCCAGUAAUCAACAUGGACAUCAGUAUUCAAAUACCGUAUCUCUGAAUGUUUUAUAUCCUCCAAAGAAGACCACAGUGUCAGUCAGUCCCUCUGGUGAAAUAGUGGAGGGCAGUUCAGUGACUCUGACCUGCAGCAGUGAUGCUAAUCCACCAGCCACCUACACCUGGUUUAAGAAGAAUGAAACUGUCACUAUAGGAAAAGAAGAGACCUACAGGAUCAACAAGAUCAGCUCUGAGGACAGUGGAGAAUAUCACUGCAAGUCCAGUAAUCAACAUGGACAUCAGUAUUCAAAUACUGUAUCUCUGAAUGUUUUAUAUCCUCCAAAGAAGACCACAGUGUCAGUCAAGGCCUCUGAUGAAAUAGUGGAGGGCAGUUCAGUGACUCUGACCUGCAGCAGUGAUGCUAAUCCACCAGCCACCUACACCUGGUUUAAGAAGAAUGGAACUGUCACUACAGGAAAAGAAGAGACCUACAGGAUCAACAAGAUCAGCUCUGAGGACAGUGGAGAAUAUCACUGCAAGUCCAGUAAUCAACAUGGACAUCAGUAUUCAAAUACUGUAUCUCUGAAUGUUUUAUAUCCUCCAAGAAAUACCACAGUCUCAGUCAAUGCCUCUGGUGAAAUAGUGGAGGGCAGUUCAGUGACUCUGACCUGCAGCAGUGAUGCUAAUCCACCACAGAUAAACUACACCUGGUAUAAAGAGAAUGUAACUUCACCUGUAGGAUAUGGACAGAGUUACAUCAUCAACAACAUUCAGUCCAGUAACAGUGGACUGUACUACUGUGAGGCCCAGAAUAAACACGGCUCUCAGAAAACCACUGCUGUACCAAUCACACUGAAAGGAGACUACAACACUGUCAUUUAUACAGUUACUGGGAUCACAGUGUGUGGAGGAACUCUACUUCUCAUUGGUUUAAUGUGGAUGAGGAAAAAGAAUCAAGCUGUUGGUUCUGUAGAGCAGUUUGCUCGUGAGGAACGAGUUGACGGCAUUUACACGGCUCUUGAUCCCAUGACCAGAUCUGAUACAGUCUAUGAAACACUUACAACUGUUAAUCAUACACUCUAUGAGAAUACAAACACAUCUCUGGAUCAUCAGUCAAAGAACUCUGACUAUGAGACAAUUUGGGGGGACUGA